AUGGUCGCUGUUUUGGUGUUUUGACAAGUUAACCUCUAUUUUACAUGUGGAAGUGUGAAUUUGAAGCAUAAAGUUAUUGAAAAUAUAAUUUAAAAUGGUUCGCAAGAAAAUAGAUAACAGGAUUAGGACAUUAAUUGAAAAUGGAGCCAAGUUAGGACACAGAACUUUAUUUGUGAUUGUAGGAGAUAAAGGCAGGGAUCAGGUUGUUAUUUUACAUCAUAUGUUAUCUAAAGCUGAAGUUAAAGCGAGACCUUCAGUGCUAUGGUGUUACAAGAAAGAGCUUGGUUUUAGUAGUCAUAGGAAGAAACGCAUGAAACAUUUACAGCAUAAAAUACAAGCUGGCAAACUCAGUAUAAAUGAAGAUGAUCCAUUUGAACUGUUUUUAUCAUCAACCAAAAUACGGUAUUGUUAUUAUUCGGAAACCCAUAAAAUAUUGGGUAACACUUAUGGCAUGUGCGUACUACAAGAUUUUGAAGCUUUGACUCCAAAUUUACUUGCUAGAACUAUUGAGACUGUUGAAGGAGGCGGUUUAGUAGUAUUGUUACUAAGAAGUGUGAAUUCAUUAAAACAACUUUAUACAAUGAGUAUGGAUGUUCAUCAAAGAUUUAGAACCGAAGCACAUCAAGACGUUGUUUGUAGAUUUAAUGAGAGAUUUUUAUUAUCCCUUGCAUCCUGUAAAAGGUGUCUUGUAGUAGAUGAUCAGCUUAGAGUACUACCUAUAUCUUCACAUAAUCUACAUGUAAAGGUAGUGGAGGUUUCUCAAGAACCUGCAGAAAGUGAAUCUGAAUUAGCCGAUUUAAAACAGCAAUUAAGAGAUACUCAACCUGUUGGUAAUUUGGUUAAUUGUUGUAGAACUUUAGAUCAAGGGAAGGCAUUAUUGAAGUUUAUUGAAGCUAUUUCAGAGAAAACACUCAGAUCUACUGUGUCAUUAACUGCUUCGAGAGGAAGGGGUAAAUCUGCAGCACUGGGUUUAGCUGUUUCUGCGGCAGUUGCUUUUGGUUAUUCGAAUAUAUUUGUGACAAGUCCAAGUCCGGAAAAUUUGAAUACUUUUUUCGAAUUUGUUUUUAAAGGGUUUGACGCAUUAGAAUACCAAGAACACAUCGAUUAUGGAUUGGUACAAAGUACAAAUCCAGAAUUUAAUAAAGCCAUAGUGAGAGUCAAUAUAUUCAGGGAUCAUAGGCAAACUAUCCAAUAUAUCCAUCCUACAGAUGCGCAUAAGCUUUCUCAAGCCGAACUGGUAGUUAUAGAUGAGGCAGCUGCUAUACCGUUGCCUUUUGUAAAAGCAAUGUUUGGUCCAUAUUUGGUGUUUUUAGCAUCAACUAUAAAUGGUUAUGAAGGAACAGGAAGGUCUUUAUCAUUAAAAUUAUUGCAACAACUCAGAAUUCAAACUGUGCCUGCUGGAGCUAACACAAACGUUGUAAAUAAGAAGGACGCAGCUGCUGCAACAGGAAGAACUUUACACGAGAUCACUUUAGAUGAACCCAUACGUUAUAAACCAGGCGAUGAAGUAGAAACGUGGUUAACAAAACUUCUAUGUUUGGACUCUACCUCUGUAGCUCCUAUGAUGUCAGGCUGCCCACCACCUGAAAGUUGUGACCUGUACUACAUUAACAGGGAUACGUUAUUUUGUUAUCACAAAGCAUCAGAAGAGUUUUUACAAAGACUUGUAGCUCUAUAUGUAGCUUCUCACUACAAGAAUAGUCCAAAUGAUCUUCAAAUGAUGUCUGAUGCUCCGGCCCAUCAUUUGUUCUGUCUGUUGGGCCCAGUCAAUCCAAAUAAGAAAACUUUACCAGAAGUGCUAGUAUUCUUACAGAUAUGUUUGGAAGGAGAAAUAUCAAAAAACACGAUUACCGAUGGGUUUUCCAGAGGUAAAAAGGCAUCGGGAGAUUUAAUUCCUUGGACCAUUGGACAGCAAUAUCAGGACACUGAUUUUCCUAAGCUGGCUGGAGCUAGGAUUGUGAGAAUAGCUACUCAUCCAGAUUAUCAAGGAAUGGGGUAUGGAGCCAGAGCUCUAGAAUUGUUAAAGCAAUAUUAUGAAAUGAAAAUUCCUAGUUUAGAUGACGAUCAUAUUUCUACAGUUCGGGAAAGCUUGGAAAACGUCGAUGAUGAGUCAGUAGGUUUGUUGGAAGAAGCCAUUGAACCAAGGAAAACCCUACCGCCUCUCUUGUUAAAGCUUAAUGAAAGACCACCAGAGAAAUUGGAUUACCUUGGCGUGUCUUUUGGACUAACUGAACAGUUACUUAAGUUUUGGAAGAAGGCAAAAUUUGUACCUGUUUAUUUAAGACAGACCACAAACGAUUUAACCGGUGAACAUUCUUGUAUUAUGUUGGACGUUUUAAAUGCUGACGAAAGACAAGAUAGUUCGACGUGGCUCAGUGCUUAUUGGACAGAUUUUCGAAGGAGAUUUAUCAACUUGUUGGCGUAUCAGUUUAGUAAAUUUUCGCCAAGUUUAGCUUUGGGAGUUCUGACAAAUAAAACAGUAAAACUACACACUACAGAUUUGACCAGGCAAGAACUAGAUAUGUAUAUAACGAGGUAUGACAUUAAAAGGCUGGAGAUGUACAGUAAAAACUUGGUGGACUAUCAUUUAAUAAUGGAUCUUUUACCUACGUUAGCUAGGUUAUUUUUCCUGAACCAAAUGGGUGAUGUGCAAAUGUCGGCAGUUCAGUCAGUAAUUAUGUUAGGGUUAGGACUCCAACAUAAAACUGUAGAUGCUUUGGCAGCUGAAUUGGACUUGCCCUCAUCACAGCUUUUGGGUUUAUUUAACAGAAUGAUGCGAAGAUGUGAACAAUACUUAAAUUCGGUACUUGAAAGAGAUAUCGAGAAUUCUCUUCAGCCUCAAAAAGAUGUUAAUCUAACUCCUGUAGCCAAAAGUAUGCAGGAUGAACUGGAAGAGGCAGCCAAAGAAUUGCAAAAGAAACAGAAAAAGGAACUGGAAAAACUUAAAAAAGAAAACUUGGAACAAUUUGCCAUAAAAGGUUCUGAAGACGAAUGGAGUAAAGUAUUAACGGGAAAAAGCAAAAAGAGUAUAGUUUCAGUAAAGAGUGGCGAAAAAAGGAUGUUUGAGGAGAACGGCAAGGACAUAGAUGUCGAUGAAAGUCCAACUAAAAAGAAGAAAAAGACAAAAAAUAAAAAUAAAAAGCUAUCAUAAGAAAUCAAUAUUAUAAUUCUGUUGUACAGACGUUUUUAUAUAUAAGAAAUAAAACAAAUUAUUUAUA